AUGGAUCGCUCCCAAAGCAGCCGGAGCUUCGAGUUCACUGACAUCGAUGAGAUCUACCCCGCUUUGUUGAAACUGCGAUGCCCAACCGUACCCUUCAAUGCCACAAUCACCACCAAUCACCUAGAGCCUCUUCAAGGGCUCGCCCGGGAUCUGCAGGCAGGAGCACAAGCCCUCAGAAAUGCAUACGAGCUAAGAACCGGAUACGACGAUUUGGCUGUGAUACUGCUCGAGCCAAGCGACAAAGCGGACAGCGUCUGUUUCGAGGAGAUGUUGGAGUCUUCACCAGCUUUGAAGGCCGUUGACGAAUCCUUGCGCCACGCAUUUGCCGGGAUGCGUGAUAUUAGAAACACAAUCAUCUUAGAUAUUCGGGCUUUUCGAAGCAAUAGGAUUCGUCAGACCCAGCCCUCUAUAGAGAGGCUGGCAGAUGAUGAGCGUGCGUAUUCCACCUUCAAACAGAUCAUCAGCCGUCUAAAACCAGACGUUAUUCUUGUCUGCCAAUGCCAGACGGGUACGGAAGAGGUGAAGAACGACUUUGCUCAGCGGGUCUGCUCAUCAGUCAAGGAGGCUACGAAUAUAAGUGUUGUUGAGAUUUCCGGAACUGAACAUCACUCGGUGAUGAUCAAGAGUUUCCACCCAAUGUAUCUCAAAUACCAGCGCGAACCACCAGGCGACACCCUGACACAAAAAGUUAUGCGCGAGUAUCUAUUCGACGCUGGAUUUAUAGUCGCUGGGAAUGCCCUUGUCGGACAGAGAGUUAAAGGUGUUGGUUUGUCGAACCUCAGGGCUUCUGCGGAAACGGGCCCGGUGAUGAUUCCCACCAGCCAGGGUCCCCUAGUUUCAUACCAGUUUUGGGGAGAAGAAGACGAUUAUCUAAGUUCUGAUCAGCUUGAGGAGCUCGAAAGCAUGAAGAAGCCUUGUGAGAGGGAUAAUGAACGAAAGCUGGAGAACCUCCUUACAAGAUUUCGGACGCGAACUGAGAGGGAGCCCGGCUUCAGGGGCAAUAGUACUGUGGAGCGCCAAGGGUAUCAGAAAGCUGAUAUCCUAGGAAAAGUAGGCCCAAUUCCAAGACUACCACAGGGUCCCAGACCUAAGUGA